UUUCAGGUUUAAUAUUUAAAAUUAAUUUCCCCGCGAAAUCAUAAAGUCUGAAUCCUGAUAAACCCGGGCAAUUUCACAGGAACGGCAAAUCUAGGGUUUAGAAUUGGAAUCGGAGCUCCGAUGGGGGUUACAAACGGAGCAUCGCUCAUUGAAAUCGAUAGCCAGGAAGAAGUCGAAGAUCCAUUUCUGGCGUUCAUUGACUAUGCCAGAACAGUGAUUUCACCAGAAGAAGACGACGGUGAGGAAGGGGAGGGCAACAAGGAUCCGACAGAAGCCGCGGCUGAGGCUACUGGUCCGGGUUGGGGCUGGGUUGCUUCGCGUAUUCUGAAAACCUGUACAGCUUAUUCGAGCGGUGUCACUGCCGCGAUUCUGUUGUCCGAUCUCUCUCAGGCAUGGCAUGAGCAAAACAAACCAGGAAUGUCAAAGAAGAAGCCGGAACUCAUUGCUCAGUUGAAAAAGAGUCACAGAAGAAGAAGACUAGCUAAUACUGUGACAAUAGACUCGAUUCAUGAGAAGAAUUUUUUGUCCAUGAACAGCGUUUUGGAAGCUGUUAUUAUUAAUGCCGAUGUUCUUCCGGGUACAAAUAUUUUCAUGCUUACACUAGGGGAUUGUUGGAGCUCUAACACCAUUGAUAUUUAUCUGCAUCGCAGGUAUUAUGAGUUGGUGGAAACACCAAAUGGGAUUCUUGGGAAAGGCAGAGAGGUUUUGCUCACUGGGUGCUACCUUCGUACUGCGAGAGAAGGAUUUGGCACUCCACGGUUACUUCCAACAGAGUAUCUUAUCAUUUUGCUAGAUGAGGACCAAGACGAUGAUGCAAUCCUCAUAGCAGCACAAUUUUGUUCAGAUACAUUCGCAUCUGUUUCUCUGGAUGCUUUCAACAGUGGAACUUCAUACUCUUUGUAUGCUAGGAUUGAAUCUAUAGGUCCUCUGGAAUCUGAACUCAAGUUUAGUACUGCACAUAGAAGGCAAAUUGUACUUGUGGAUGGGGACGGUGAUAGGUUAAAGUUUAUCUUGUGGGGAGAGCAAGUCAUUGUGGCAAACCUUCUGAGUGUGGGAAGCAUGCUUGGGAUUGAGAGGCCUUAUAUUUCUAGUCUCGAAGAGAGUGCAGUGGAUGGAAAGGAUGAGUUCUGCCUUGAAUAUGGUAGCGCAACACAUCUCUAUCUAUUUCCGGCAACCUUGCAAGAGGAACGGGUUUGUGUAGCAUUGACCCAAAAUCAGUGUCAAGGAUCUAAACUGCUUGGUUCAGGCGGAGUUUCGCAGGUGACAUUGCCUCGUGAUGCCGAGGGGUCUAUAGACUAUAGUAACUAUCCUUUUCGGACGAUUAUUACGGACAUUCGCGACAAAACCACUGGCAUCAGUCUCUAUGGUAUCGUAACUGAUAUCUUAUGUGAUGAUCCAAAUGCCACAGGAGUGGUGUUUUCUUUGAAAAUUGAGGACACAAGUGGUGCAAUAUGGGCAAAGCUCCAUUUUACUAGUUACUGGUCGUUGGGAAGGUUAGGGGUUGGUCAUGUCGUGUACGUGUCUGGGUUAUCCUGCAGAGUCACAAACAAGAAUUGCCUUGAGGUGUUAUGGCAUGAGAAAGACGAGAAAGCUGCAUUCGUCAACCUUAGCUGCUUGCCCGCAUUUCUGACCUCUUCGUGUCUUCACAAAAUCUCUACCCUCUCUCAAAUUUCCAAACAUAUAAAACCUGCAGUAAACAUUUGUCGGGUUAAGCUGGAUGAGAUCGACCAAUGCCAUAACAUAAAAACUAGAUUAUCACAUAGCCUUUGUGGCCAUUUCAUAGAUGAAGAAUCAUCAUCAGCAUCGUCAUCACAUGGAGGGAAUCUGCGAUGUGGCUUCUGCCGAGUAAGCUGCACCGGUAACGCAGGAUCAGAAGUAGUGAGAACAUUCGACAUAACAAUAACACUUGCAGACGAGGAAACCAAACUAUACGCGUGGUGUACUGGUCAGUCAGCAUCAGCUAUACUUCAGAUAUCUCCUGAUGAAUUCUAUGACCUCCCUGAGGAUGAUCAGCUAAUGUAUCCGUCAUUAGAGAACGAGUGGUUCUUAGUGACCUUAUCAAACAGCGGUAGGGGAAAUUCGGGAUCAGGCCUUGGGUUGUCUUACGAAACGGAGGCGACUUGCUGGGAAAUCACCCGCGCUCUCAAGAUUUAAAAGCUGCCUACCUAUUUUUGUAACAUCUCUCGUAAGGGACCUAUUUGAUUUUGUUCUUCUUGGUUUUUUUUGGCAUGAUUGGUUGGGGGAAGAAACAGAAUCUGACCUGUUAAAAACUUAAAAUACUAAAGUAGUGGAGAGUUUUGUUUGAAUUAAUAACGUGACUUUUCUCUGCU